AUGGGGCCCAAGCAGCUCCCCGCCGUCCUCCUCGCCUCCUGCGCCACCCUCCUGGCCCUUGCCACGCCAUUGCUUGCCGGCGACCCCGACACGCUCCAGGACUUCUGCGUCGCCGACUACAAAUCCCUCAAAGGCCCAUUGCGGUUGAACGGGUUCCCGUGCAAGAGGCCGGAGAACGUGACGGCGCGCGAGUUCUUCUCGGCCGCGCUGGCAUUCCCGGGCAACACCUGCAACCCGGUCGGCUCCGCGGUGACGGCGGCGAACGUGGAGAAGCUCCCGGGGCUCAACACGCUGGGCGUCUCCAUGUCCCGCGUGGACUACGCUCCGUGGGGAGUGAACCCGCCGCACACCCACCCACGUGCCACCGAGAUCAUCUACGUGCUAGAGGGCUCCCUCGACGUCGGCUUCGUCACCACCGCCGGCAAACUCUUCGCCCGCACCGUCUGCAAGGGUGAGCUUUUCGUCUUCCCCCGCGGCCUCGUCCACUACCAGAAGAACAACGGCGGCGCGCCGGCCGCCGCAAUCUCGGCCUUCAACAGUCAGCUUCCCGGCACGCAGUCCCUCGGCCUAGCGUUGUUCGCAGCCUCACCGCCGGUGCCCACCGACGUGCUGGCCAGGGCGCUCCAGGUCGACGGCGGCCUGGUGGAGGCCAUCAGGUCCAAAUUCCUGCCAAAGUAA